CUUGGCGACAGUCGUAGUAAUAAGUAAUAAAAUAUAAAAAUAGUAAAGUAUUUAAAGUUUUGUAGUGUUGGUGCAACGAAAUGAAACGUCGUUGUCGGCGCCGGCAAAUCAUUGAUUAGGUAUGUGAUGAAUGUCACGGGUUUGAAUUUAUAGUGCUGGAAGUAAAAUAAACCAUUUUGCAAUAAUAAUGUUAAAGAGGAAAGUAAAAAAGGACUGCUACUGUUAGUAAUGGGGUCGUGUUCGUAUGAAACUAAUAUUCGUAUAAACUAAUAGUAUCCGAUGAACACAAACCGUUUCGUUGUGCGUGAACUAAUUAAUUGCACUUCGAUCAACUUACCACCAUCAUUUCAGUGAAAUCAAAACGGCAUCGUUCAUAAAUUCAGGAUAAUUAUUACAUUUUUGGAAAAACAGUUAAUUCAGUUUUGACAUACUAGCCAAGAUGGCUAUUUGAAAAGAAAUCCUCGAUUUUGCCGAAAUUUUAUCGUGAAUGCUACUAAAAUUUUAGGGUUCCUUCGCUAAUUAACAUGCUCAUUUAAUUUUUUCAAAUUAUCUUUACUAAUCAGAAAAGCCUACGUUAAUAAGUGAUUAUUUUAUUUUUGUGGGUGAUAAAAAAUGAGUCGUCCAGCACGAAUACAGGUACCAGAUGAACUAAAAGAAGUGUUAUUAGAAUUUACAAUUAGUUAUCUUCUGGAACAACCUGGCGAUGUAGUUGAUUAUGCCGCAAAUUAUUUCAAACAAUUAAAAGAAGCCAGAAGAACUGCCUUAGUUUAUGAUCCUAUUGAACCAGGUCCAACCUCCACAGGAUCUGUGUCUUCACCAGAUGAAUCUAUAAUAUCACAAGAAGACGAACCACCUGUAAAUCGUUUUGCGUCCCGUCGAAAAUCAGUUUUUGCUGAAACAUAUGAUCCAGAAGAGGAUGAAGAUGAUGGUACAAAAGUAGUUUAUCCAAAAUCAGAUGAACAACGUCAACGGUUAGCGGAUUCGGUCAAAAACAUCCUUCUAUUUCGCUCUUUAGAAAAAGACCAAAUGCAAGAAGUCCUAGAUGCAAUGUUCGAAAAAACGGUGAAAGCAGGAGACCUGGUGAUCAAACAAGGAGACGAUGGAGACAACUUUUACGUUAUAGAAAGUGGUGUUUUUCAUGCCCUUGUUGCUGAUACUCCCGAAGGGGAACCAAAACACAUUUACACGUACGAUAACAGUGGAAGCUUCGGCGAAUUGGCACUCCUUUACAAUAUGCCGCGUGCGGCUACAAUUAAGGCCGCGUCAGACGGACGUUUGUGGGCUAUGGAUCGACAAACGUUCCGUCGCAUUCUUCUCAAGUCUGCCUUCAGAAAGAGGAAAAUGUACGAAACUCUGAUAGAGAGUGUGCCCAUGUUGAAGACAUUACAACCGUAUGAAAGAAUGAACCUCGCAGAUGCUCUCGUGCCGAAAACUUUUGCUCCUGGAGAGCAAAUUAUUAAACAAGGAGACGCAGCCGAUGGGAUGUACUUUGUUGAAGAGGGGACUGUCGAUAUCAGGGUUCUGAAUGAUCAAGGAAAGGAAAUCGAAGUGAACAAAGUUGUUAAAGGGGGCUAUUUUGGAGAGCUUGCACUGGUUACUCAUAGACCUCGAGCGGCUUCUGCUUACGCUGAUGAUCACGUCAAACUAGCCUUUUUAGACGUGGAAGCGUUUGAACGUUUGCUGGGUCCAUGUAUGGAAAUAAUGAAACGUAAUAUAACUGAUUAUGAGGAACAAAUGCUCAAGAUCUUCGGAUCGAAGCACAACAUUAAGGACAUACGAUGAAUGCUAACGAUCGUCAUCCACUGCCUUCUUGCAAUACUUUCUGCGUCACAUAAAAAGAUAAAUCUAAACAAAAACCCUUACAAUCACUUCUAUGACCACUAUUCGACCACUUUUUGUGCUAGUAUACUGUUACUAUUAAUAUUUACUAUUAUUACUACUAGUUGCUGUGGUGUAUCAUUUAAAUUGGGAGAUAACGAAUUACUACAACCGAUACUUGUCCCGUUACAUUUUAGUUUUCUUUAAAACAACAGUUGUUUUCCAUUUUUUGUUAUUUAAAAAAAAUAAGAUAAGAAAUUGAAGGAAGGGAACCAAAAUCAUGCUAUUAUUAAUGUUAUUGCAUACUAGUCAUGUAAACGUAAAUACAAUUACGGUCACUUUGAAGAAAUGAAACAUUAACUAGGGGGAAAAUUUUAAAUUAAAUGUCAGGUUAACAAAGAUAAAAAUGCGGCAUUCUAUCUCAAAUUGAAUUAUUCGGUGCUUAUCCUUUUCAAAUAAUUUUUCUAUAUGAAUAACGCCUUUUUUUAUUUCCUUUAGUUAAGUACUACGUUAAAAAUAAUCAAAAAUUGAUAUGAAAACCUUAGCUAAACUAAAAAAAAUCGAUUGCGGAAUGGUUACAGAAGAAGGGCAAUAUUCGAAUUUACAUUGUUGUUAAACAAAGUUCUUACGUAACUAAUAAAAAGGUGUAUUUUGUGAGUGUACAUGGUUUUAUGUACAAGUACUAGGUGUGUUUGAUGUUGGAAAAUUAAUAAUAGUUUAAUUUUGCAGUUAUGGAAGCACAUUAAGUACUAUUCAUUACUCAUUAGCCUGGUCUUAUAUACAUACAUUUGAAGUUAAUUAAAUUAAUUCCUAUUAGAUAGGCCAGUAAUCUUCAUUAAGUGAAUUGCAAUUAAACAAUUUUAGAACAAAGAAAAAGAAAUGCUUAUUUCUACAAAGGGUGAUAACUUUAAAAAAAAAAUUAAGCGAUUCUUUGAAAUUUUAUUUUAAUUUGUAAAUAAUUAAAGUUCAGGAAAAAAAAUAUUGACCGCCACUGAUAUAGGUAAUUUUAAUUUGCUCAAUAUAUUUUGAUCUCAUGAGAACUAACAAAAGCCGGAGAUCUGCAUUAGUUUUUUGUGAACAUAUUUUGAAACGAAAUAUUGAAAAGUUAUGAAAGGUAGUAUCAGCUUUAAUGGUUUUAUUUAAAUAUUUGGUGUACACCACAUUUUUAUGUAAGACCCAAAAGUGCUAAUUUUUUCCUAGUGUUUUAAUUUUAAAAAGUACAUUGGAAAAGUGCAGAGAUCUUAUUUCUUUAUUUACGUCGUAAUAAAAUAUAGGUACUGAUAAAAUAAAAAUUAUUAAAAGGAUUGUAUUUUUAGAAAGGACAAACCUCUUUCGUUUUGUAUAAAUUUUAAGGCUGAAAACUGAAUUAAGCUUUAAAAAGAAGUAUGAACAUAUAUUUAUUUUAAUUUAUUUGCUCAGUUGUAAAUGUAUUGAAACUUUUACCUAAUAGUGAAAUGCAUAAAGGAAUUUAUCGUUUUGAAUUUAAUUUACUACAACUUUUACGUCCACCUUAGUGGAAAUAAAAAAACAUCACAUUGUAACAAAACUCUACCUAUCAGGUGAUAUUCAUAUCAUUCAUUUAAUUACUAUACUGCGACUAUUAGUAUAGUACUAUUAAAAACGAUGUUAUUUUUACCAUUGCAAAAUUUAAUACGUGACUUUUACAGUUUUAAAUCAAAAAGAAUUGUGUUGUUUAUUAUAGAAAAGUGCAAGCUUCUUGUAUUUCGUAGUUUUUCUCUUUUUAAUUUCAUUGUUUGAAAAAGUUGAAGCUUCAUUUUUCUAAAAUACCAUAAUCGUAGAUAAGUAAUACAAAAGGAAAAUGCCGUUGUCGAUUAAGAAUGGUGUAUAUGUACUAAGCCUAAUUGAAUUUCAUAUUUUUGCUAUAGGUUAUUCAUGUGCUAAUUAAUUACAUCCAAUAUUUAUUAAAAACAGUGUAAACAUGCAACAUUUACAAAAUGCUUCACUUAUCAGCAAAUAUCAGUAGGUGUGAUGUACUCCUGUAAUUCGAUACGAUAUUAUCUAUUAACCUACGUUCUGUAUUUUUUCAAAUCUUGUAGGCAAUUGUUUUAGAUUAAAUAUUGUUUUUUUCUCAUACUCAUUCGAUCAUGGACUAUUAUUUUGAUAAGUGUGAAGAUACACUACUAUGCAAUUAUUGUUUCCUAUCUUCACCUCCACCUCCUGUAUCUCAGUAUCUUAACCCCUACUUAUAAAACCCUUGUUUAGUGUUUUACAACAUAAAAAGGGUUUAAGAAUUUAUAUUUUUUUUUUGUGUUUACAAAAUUUUACAUUAAGAGCUAAUAUUGAGUGUAUUAUUAGUUACAAGAGUACUUAACAUAAAGUACAAAUAUGAAAUUCAGUUAAACUUAGGGCAAGUCCAUCAUGCUUACCUUCCAAUGUUCUUUAUUAAUGUGUUGUGGCCAUAGGUAGAUAUUAAGUAGAAUAUGUUUAGAGUAAAAAAUAGCGAAAAAAUGUAGUCUUUUGCCAUUACAUGUUAUUGUUCUUUGUUUGUUGUUAAUAUAUUCGUUUAUGUAUGUUCAAAUUUUAAUCAUUAGUGUACUUACUUUAUGUAGUAGUCACCCGGUGAUAGAGCUUCUUGUUAUCAUCUUUCUUUCUAUUGCAUUUAUUAUAAUCAUUAAAGAAUUAAAUAUUAUUUCUAUUUAACAGUCCGUUGUUACCAGCUUUUCAUCAGCCCUAGAUGAAUCUCAUUUUUAUGCUGUACUGUAUAAUAAAUUAAAGGCAGAUAAUGAAUCCAUUGUUGUUAACAAACUAUUAUCAUUACUAAUAUUACCUGUUGUAACUGUUGUGUGCCAGUAUUUUAAUGAAAACCAACCGAAAUUUGUUUCUUAGAGAUGUAAAAAUAUGUACUGCUUCCACAAUGACUAAGCGAGCUUAUAAAAUUAUUUCAACAAUA